GCGAGAGAGUCACUGCUGGAUUCCCCCUUUUCGGCGGCAAGUGUUCGACCGGGAGGUUUCUCUGCCUGGUUUCCCUUCCGUGCAAAUCUGACUUGUAUGUCACUUCUGCUUUGUGGGGAGGAUAGGGUGUAUCGAGAGCCCUAAAACGUCUGCGUCUGUGUCGUCCUGCCGCCCGUUGGUCGCCCCACGCCUUCCUUUGCGCAUCCCAAACGCGUUUUUCUUUCCUUUCACUUUUCGCAUUCAAGUCUCCGAAAUGGCAGCCGACAAGCAGGCAAAACUCUCCCUCCAGGAGGAUAGCAUCGCCAAGAUGCUCAUCUGCAAGGCCCACAUCGGGACGAAGAACGUUGAGCACAAGAUGCGUCCGUACGUCUUCAAGUCGACCAGCGAGGGCAUCCACCUGAUCAACCUGGCGAAGACCUGGGAGAAGAUCCUCAUGGCUGCUCGCGUGAUUGUCGCUAUCGAGAACCCCGCCGACGUUCUUGUCAUCAGCGCUCGCCCCUACGGAAGCCGUGCUGUGCUGAAGUUCUCCCAGUACGUUGGAGCGCAGGCAAUUGCUGGCCGCUGGACUCCCGGUAUGCUGACUAACCAGAUCACCCAGAAGUUCAUGGAACCCAGACUGCUCAUCGUCACCGAUCCCCGCACAGAUGCCCAGGCUGUCCGCGAGAGUGCCUACGCCAACGUCCCCGUCAUCGCUCUCUGCGACACAGACUCGCCUCUUGAGCACGUCGACAUCUGCAUUCCUUGCAACAACAAGGGCAAGGAAUCCAUCGCUUUGAUGUACUGGCUCCUUGCACGGGAAGUCCUCUACCUGCGUGGCGAGCUGCCCUCGCGAAGCGUCCCGUGGGAUGUCAUGGUUGACAUGUUCUUGUGGAGAGAUCCGGAGGAGUUCGAGCGCAAGGAGAGACUGGAAGACGAGGAAGCUGCUCCUCACACUGCUCAGGCUGAUGCGACCCAGUGGGGCGCCGAUGCUGCAGCUGCUGACUGGAAGCAAGCUGGCGCUGACUGGACCGGCCCCGCUGCUGGCGGAGCUGGUGGUGAAUGGGACCAGUCUGCAGUUGCUGCUGAAGGCGAGUGGGGUGGUGGCCGCCCUGGUGUCGCUGUUGGCGAGCCCUGGUAAACACUCCGUUGAUCGAGGCGGGAAGUUCUCUGACGAAAGAACGAGAAGGAAGCGCCCAAGAGAGCAGCUGGGAGGGACAGGCUUUCGAUGGGAGCACUGACGGGACCAUCACCGAGGUUGUAGAGAGGAUAUAUGUGGAGGACCUGAAGCGUACUGUGCUCGGAUCGUCUGCUCGGUGUGGCGGGUGUCUUGUCGCUGGGGCCACUGCGAGCUUGCUGGCGUGGAAGAAACUGUCGACUCCCCACUGCCUUGUUUCGCGCAAAAAACCUAUGCUGGCGGCACUUGGCCUUGGCGUCGUGAGAAGCGUGGAAAAAACUGCGUUUCGUGCGCACAGAAUCCGAGGGCUUUGGUC